AGACGAAAAUGAAAUAGAGUUCUUAAAAAAUUGUAACUCAGAGAAAAAAAGAAAUAGAGAGGAGAGAAAUAAAGAAGAAGAUGGAGAAAAAAAGUAACUCCAUCUAUAUGUGGGAAGUGAAAAAGGGUUCGAUUGGUGUUGGCGAGUGUUCGAAGGGAAACAGCAGAGCGAAGGAAGACAGGCUGAGCAGCUUACCAAACGAACUUAUCCAUCGCAUACUAUCCACUGUGGACGCAAAAUUAGCUGUUCAAACGAGUGUUUUGAGUAAGCGAUGGAGGCACCUUUGGACUUCCCUUCCAGUCCUAAACUUCCAAGACUCUUCCUUCGACGACCCUGUCCUUUUCCAGUACUUCGUGGAUCAUGUCUUGUCUCACAGAGACGCUUCCACCAACCUCCAAGUCCUCAACUUUGCGUCCCAAGAGGAACUCCAAGAUGAGCAUGUUGUAGAUUCCAUCAUUGACUACGUUACUCUCACACCACCCAUUUCCGCCACUAUUCACUUUCUCUCCAUCCUCGCUGAAUGCGUCCUGGGGAAGCUCCCUCAGCUCUCUCUCUGUCAAUCCCUCACCACUCUCAAGCUCUCUCACAUAUCCACUGAAACGACAUCCUUUGAUGUCGUUUCUCUCAAACAGCUCUACCUUUUUGACUGUCGAUUCGAGUGUGGGGUGGAAGAGCUUCUCGAUCCUUUCGAGGGUUGUGUUAAUUUGACAUGCUUGUCUCUUCAUCGGUGUAACUAUUAUGGCGGAUUUGAAACCUUUAGAAUCUUCGCCCCUCAGCUCACCAACUUGAGCAUCUCGUGGAUGAGAAUCGAUGAAGUGUUUGAUUCUGAUUGUGUCAUUGAGCUUUCCACACCAAAGCUUCAAUAUUUUACAUACUGUGACACUGAUCUGUAUGAUUUUUCCGCUGAGGUCGACCUUCCCUGCGUGGAGGAAGUGGAUAUUGAUGUGUGGUGUUUGAACAAGGACACUGACUUGCUCCUUCGGAUGAUUGAAUUGUUUGAAAUGAUGGAGAGUGCCGAGUUUGUAACUUUAUCACCCGAUAUGAUUGAUGUUAUGUCUAUGUUUCCUGAUAUACUUGAUGGUCGGUCUUCCCCCUUCACUAGAAUGCAGAAUUUUGAGUUAAACAGGGAUACACCUUCUGUACCUCCUAAUGUCAUGGCCUACUUAUUUGCUGGAUCUCCUGGAUUUCGUUUCAAUUGAUGAGAAGGUAUGAAAAAGGUGCAAAACAAUCUGAUUGAAGAUGGUUACUUGCCAAGUUGGACGGUUUUAUCUUUUGGAGAAUAAAAGUUGUUUUUCUUGGUCUUAACAAUGAAGAACUCGAGUUUUUUUUUUUCUUUUUUUCUUUUCAGAGGAACAGUGGUCUUGCUGAUAAUUUGCUAAGUAUGCAGCAAAGAGGGGUUGCCUUGUAUUUCUUAGUCUGUGUCAUAUUUGCCACUAAUGGUGAUCAGUUAUUUUGUGAUA